AUGAUAAACAUAAUUAAACAUAAGAAGACAUCUCAAAAACCAGAAUCAGUAAUUAUGUACAACAAAGGAAAAGGCUGUAUUGAUUUGUCAGACCAAAAGGCUUCUUUUUCUAAUCCACUACGAAGAACUAUGAAGUGGUAUAGGAAAGUUCUUAUUGACUUAUUAUUAAAUGUUGGUGUAGUUACUGCUGCAUGUUUGUUUACCAUGACUACUAAAAGUACCAUGAGUAUUACAUAUUUCCGAUCUGCAUUAGUUGAAAGCUUAAUCAAAAAGACUGUAAUCCCAAAAUCUCCAUCUGCUGAAAAACAUAAACUACAAAAGUGUAAACGUAGUAGAUGUUGUGUGUGGUACAAAAAAAUGAAAGAAGAAAAGAGGAGAAAAUAUGCACAAGYAUAUUAA